AUGAACGCAUCCGCUCCCGAUCCUGCAGUAACGAUCGAGGUAGAGGUCAAGGGGAUGGUGCACUACAGCCUGGUGCAGACAAUGCGCGAGUACAUGGAGAUCUACAAGAGCAUGGGCUUCACUGAGCAGGACCUAGAAGAGGUGGGGGAGUUUUUGUUCCGCUACCCACUGCACAUUAUGGUGUUCAUGCAGGUGAUCGGUUUUUUGCAGAUGUCUCUCACGACCCUCGCCUUCAAAAAUGAUGUGUCUUUCUUCAAGGGUCGCUCCGACUACACAGGCCUGUCGAGCCGCUCUCUCGGAACUGACACGCUCCAAGAGAUAAUAAUUUUCUUCUAUCUGCUCGACUUCGACAACAUAUCUCGCAUUCUUCUUUUUCAGUGGGGCGUUGGAGCAUUGAUCAGUGCUUGGAAGUUCGCCAGAGUUGCACAGCUGAGUGUUUACUGGGCGUACUUCUUGCCGUGGGUCAGAUAUGGGCGUGCGUCAGCGGUGUCCUCGAGUGAGAAGGAUACCGAGGAUAUCGAUGUACGAGGCAUGGCAUAUCUCAAAAUGGUACUCUAUCCUCUCUCCGUCGUGUGGGGCUUAUACAGCCUGUACCACUACAGCUACAAGAGCUGGUGGAGCCAUCGCGGAUUUCCUCCAUGGCUGACUUCGCCUACACCUUCGGAUUCAUCAACAUGA